AUGCAAUGGUAUGUGCAGAUCGGGUUUGUUUUGUUGAGCAUGGUCGUCGUCAUCUAUCUCGUCCAAUUCUUCGGCUUGAUAGACCUGAGGAAGAUUUUCUGUUCCCGAGCUUGCUUCGGAAAGCGUCAAGACAACUUGCCCUCCAAACCCGUGGACAGUGAGGACAUCUCAGUGGUUGACUCCGCGCACACAGACAACUUCGACCCACUGAAGGACUUCCCACACGACUCUGCUCUUGCCAAGACCCAUGAUCGACUCCGCGACUUUCCCGACACGGACUCGGGGUCUGAAUUCAACGACAGCUUCAGGAAUCCCCCGAAUGGCAACGUGCUGCAGCACAACAUCUUCCCAAGGAUCCCGCCCAGACAGCCCAUGGCUAUUGACCUUUCCCAAGGGUCCGAAAGCAGCUUCAGUCACGCCCUCCUACCCAAGACUCUGGAGCAUUCCGACGAGGAGUCUGAGGACGAGAUGUUCGCCCUGCCAACGCUAGCCAGGAAGAAGUCUCUGCUGCCAGACAAGUCGAGGCUUCAGCAGGAGGAGCCCGACCAGGGUCUGCGCAGCCUCUACUCUCCGACUGGAGAGUCAGAUUUCAGGUCCACUCGUACCGCGAGCACGGCCUCCGGUGACGAGCAUCCCCUCCGCGAUGCCAUGCUGGAGCGGCUGGAGGAGGAGGACGGGGAGGAUGCAGACUCCGAUGUCUUCGUCCUUUCAAAGAUGAGCUCGAGGCGCCCAGGUCAUCAGGUCGAACGAUCAACCCAUCAGGUCGAACGAUCACCACCGUCAGGACCCGGACUGGAGCGGGCGGGGCAGGAGCUUCCCAAGAGGGCUUUCCCGGCACCGAAUGCGAGAGGCGGCAACAUCGCUCUCACUACAACGCAGUCCAUCCAGCACCUCAAGAAAGAAAUCGAGAGGCAAGGCCAGCACACGACCACACUCAAUGAGGGCGUGCAGACAGACUAUGACGAGGAGUUCGACGAGCCGUCAGCCCUCAACAGCAAGAAGGAUGCGCAAGGAGAUGGGUCAAGCGAGAUGGUCCCUAAGACCCUCGAGCUGAACCUGCGGAUCAUCCGAGCACAGUUAUCAAAGAUGAAGGACGCAGACCCGCCGGACAGAGCCAAGAGCUCCCCGAGGACGGUCGAGUUUAGAAGCUCCCUCCCGCCCGAGCGAGGCAACAACAGGCAGAGCGACUUUCCUCCAUCGCAUCCGAUGUCCUCCAGCAACGUCCGAAGGAACCGCACUAUGAGCCCCAGGGCCGUUCCCAUGCUCUCCGACCAGAUGCACGCGCUGUACUGGGCCGCAGUAGGCGGAGGGAACGACUCGAGGCCGGGGACCGCUCGCCUGAUCACUCCGAGGCAGUCCUCCCCCCUCGCUGAGUCCGAGACCAGGAGGAGUCAGACUCCCUCUCGCGCUGACAUGCUCGCUGCGCUUGCAUCCAAAGUCGUCACCCCCAGGAGUGCGCAAAACUCGGCUCGAGGCUCCAGCUACCAGCCUCCUCCCUCGCUGGACGGGCUGGAAGUCAACACGCCACGCAGCGGCUCGAUGCACUGGUCUCAGAUCGCAGAGGAGAAUCAGAGGUCGCAGAGGAGCGAAAAGUCGAGCAAGGAUGUCUUCCUGCAGAUGCUGAAGCCGAGAGCGGCAGGCGCGCAGCUGUGA